AUGCAUGCAACCUACAAGCCCAAAAGGAGCAUUAAUGACUGUUAUCGACUUCUAAAUGUUCCAGAAGGCUGCUCCGCAGAUGAAGUUAGACACUCCUAUAGGGUGUUAGCAAAGAAAUAUCAUCCAGAUAGCGGUGCCAUCACUGCCAAUGCCAACAUGUUUAUGCAGAUCGAUGAAGCCUACAGAGACCUCUUGAUACACUUGGCUCAAGAGUCAAAAACAGGACAAGCCCUUGAAGAUGAUGAGGAAAAGAUCUCGGAGUACAAGAUACCACAGCACAGGCAUUACUUGAGCAAUGAAGGAGUUGGCUAUGGCACCCCUAGCCAGCGGCAGAAACAGUACAUCCAGUUUCGUGUGGAUCGAGCAACCGACCAAGUUCUGGAUUUUCGAAAGAAAAAAUUUGAACGCGAGUAUGCUGAAAACUCAAUGGUUGCAAAGGACGUCAGGCAGAGUAAAAAGGUAAAAAUAACUCAAGCCAUAGAACGCUUGGUGGAAGACCUGAUCCAAGAGUCCAUGGCAAAGGGAGACUUUGACAACCUCAGCGGCAAAGGAAAGCCCAUUACCAAGUUUUCCACGUGUCCACAUAUCGACCCGAUGACUCACAACCUCAAUCGGAUUCUAAUAGAUAACGGUUAUCAGCCUGAAUGGAUUGUUCUGCAAAAGGAAAUACGAGAUACGACCGAUAAGCUUCGAAAUGAGUUGGUAGCUUCUCGUAAGAAAAUAGGAGAGCCCAUGACUUAUUUGAAGGAAAAGGAAUGGAUGAAAAUCUGUGAGAAUUUUAGAGAAAACAUAAUAAAGCUAAACAAGAAAGUGAAUGACUUUAACCUGGUUGUGCCUAUCAUGAGCCGACAGAUGGUCCACUUUAACGUCGAAAAGGAAAUUUCUCGGGCUGAGCAGGCCUACAGUGUGUUAAAGGAGGAAAUGGAAGCAGCAAUUGAGAUGGAAGCAAAGAAAAACUUGGACAUUAAGCAAACCAGUCGUAUGAAAAUCUUAUUAAAUUGGAUAAAUCAAUUUAGCAAAGAAAUUAAAUAA